AACCUCUCACACACGCACACGGACCCGAAUGGAUCCGCGGAAUGGCUUCAAUUCAAAAUGCAACUUUGCUGGAGAAGGAAAGGCGGCACAUGCUCAUCGAUGCUCUAAGCAAAUCACAGAGAACGAGAUGUGUUCCAAUGUUAAAGAGCAGCGCAAACCUCCGAGGGGCUCAGCCUGCUCCCGCGCCAAGCCCAUCCGAUCUUCGGAUCGGUAAAGCGGAAGUCGCAACGUCCAGCAGCCCAAGCCGCAGUAUGAGGAGCAGUUUGACCUCUUCAGACGGUCCACAGUUCAAAAAUCGAAGCCUGCCUGGGCAAGUGCUCGCGGGCACCAAGUCUCGCACUUGUGCAGCCAACCACUUUCAGGCAAUCAAGCCGUUUAAGAGUCCAAUCAGAGCACGGAAGUCCAGCCCUGUCACACAGAAGGAUCAGAUUGAGUCAGUCGGGCCCCGAUUGCCAGGACGAGUUUUAGAGGACACAUUGUCACGCACUUGUGCGGCUUACUUUCAUCAAGAGGCCCGAGCAAGAUCGCCGGCGCCCAAAAGCCGGAGUGUGACUGGACAUCACAAGGAGCCCAAGGAGUCGAAAGACUCCGAGGAGAAAGCCAAGCCGCUGGGGUCAGGUCCUGAGAGCCCAAGACUGGGGUCAAAUAGAUACUCACCACGUCAAAGAGGAUUUAAAAGUUCAAUGGACAGGGCUUGUUCACCUCGAGAGCGCUUGCCACGCCCCACCUUACCUCCUCCGAGUGCUCGUCGAAAGACCAUUGCGGAGGCGAGGCCUGUCACUGCACCUUCACGGCCUUCACAUGCACCGAGACCGAGUCCACGUGAGACACUGAAACACGAGGGAUUUGACGAGCGAUACAAACGUCGCUCAGAGCUCACGUGUGUUCGAGGUUAUCCAAGUGAGCUUCAGGGAGCUGAAAGCCGUAUUCGAACAGGUACUCCCAGUGUCCCCAUCAGCCUUGGAACCAGCCUGCCUUCAUGGGCUCGAAUGGAUGCUGGACUGUCGCCUUCCCAGAAGUUCAUGGCGCAUUCAGCAGCAGAAAGACUUCAGCGAGCCUUUCGCAAGUGGUGGUUUCGCAACUUUAGCAGCUCGGGGCCUAUGGGAUUUCGAGCUCUACGCGAUGCCGUGAUUUACUUGCAACGCUGGUGGAGAUUGGCGCGUGCAAGAAGGCUCCGGCGCUUGCAUCUCAGGAGGUUGUGGAAGAAGGCGGCUAUUCGCAGGUUGCUGCUGGAGGAUGCCGUAUCAAUUGUGCAGCGUGGCUGGCGCACGGUCCAAAUACGACGAUUGCACCGCGCUGCAAUGCAUUCGGCGAUAGUCAUUCAGAGAGCUUGGAGGCAGAGGCUGCACCACAUUCAUAUUGCCUGGAAGAGUUUUGCAAUCGCAAGACUCAAUUGCUGGCAUGCCCGUCGUUUAGCACGAGAUCGGUUGAUUAGAGGCAUUCGCCAGUUUUAUCAAGUGCAGUACGAUGCCGCUGUCUCCGUGCAAAGUCUUUGGCGAGGACGGCAAACGCGGCACGCAUUUGCCGAGUCGAGAGAGAGACUCGAGAGGGCCAGAGACCGCAGAGAGAUCAUGCGACGCAAGGCACAGCUGUUGGACAUGAAGCCAACAACCUGUCCAAAAGCUGCAAAACCGGAGCGUUUGUCUGAUCGAUUGCGACAAGACCUUUGCUUGGACCAACGGGCUGCAGAUGUGCGUGGGCCCACUUUGGAGGACAGCCAAAAGUCUGUCCAAAUUGCAACUCCACGUGACAGAGGCAUGCAGCCUCGCAGCAAGCGGCCCUCAUACGGACAGAGCAGGGUGGACACGGCAACGCCACGGGGCACACAUCAGGCUCGCCUGAGCGCCACUGUAGCAACAACCACCGCCAGCACACAAAAUGCAGUGCUCAGUACUGUCAGAACGGUGUCCUCAGUGCAAUCAGUGGAAUCGUUAAUCCGUGAUUUGACCAACAGAGGAUGCCUCUCAAGCUUGCCAUGCGCUUCACCCUUCUCGCCUGAAUUGCUGGGCCAUUCGGACCUUGAUGCAGUCAGAAAUUGGCUCUCAGGAGCUUUGCCGUCGUGGCGAAUUCUUCAAGUCCUUCGUGUGGAAUGUAGUAGUGCCGCUGCUGCGGCAUACAAUGGCGUCAGCCGAACGCUUGGACCUGAAAGACUUCUGUGGCACGGUACCUCCUGGGACUGUGUUGCCAACAUUGCACAGAAUGGCUUCAAUCGUGCAUAUGGUGGGCGGCAUGGAUCCAAGCUGGGGCGAGGCAGCUACUUUGCGGAAGAUGCUACUUUUGCACUUCGUUUCUGCGGACGAAGCCAGCCACGGGCUAUUUUUCUUGCAGGAGUUUUGCCUGGGCGCUUUUGUCGUGGUGCAGAAGGUCUCGUAGAGCCACCAGCUUUGGAUGCUGGUGCGAAAGCCGUCGAUCAGUUUUUUGGUAUAGUAAACAAGCAGAAAACAUGAUGUGAGAGUCUUGGAAGAAUGUGACAGAACGCACCAACUGAACUUCACAGAGAUUCGUCCAGAUAACUUAGGGUUUGAGUGUUCUUCUCCCUCCAAUCCGUCCGCUAUUGAGACUUAAUUUGCUGCCUGCACGUGUCAAAGAAAGAAAACAAGUGAAGUUUCUUUGCUGUGACUAGGUACUCGCUACGACUCCACUGUCGAUGAUGCAGCCAAUCCCAAGGUGUUCUGUGUCUUCCGAGACUUCCAGGCCAUUCCAUUGUACCUGGCUGAAGUUGUCUUAAACUGAGGCAGCUCAGCAAAUUACCUUUACGUUUCGGCGCCAAUAGGGCGUCUUUCUUGGGAGAAGGCCUUUGAUCUAGCUUCAACCUAUUUUCUUGGAAUUGAAUUCAAGAAUAUGACCCAAUGCCAAUUGAUAUUCUCAAUUGCUAUCAAUUGAAAAAA